AUGGCGACUGCAGCACGACGUCCUCCGGGUUUGUGUACCCCCUUCCUUUUACCCUGGAAUGCGCCGCAAGGCCGCCGCAGUGCUCGUCCGGCGCGCCGUCUCCUAAUUGUUGUCACUUUCCUCGUCUCCACUUUUACGUGGGCUUCUUCGCGCUCUUCCCUCGUCAUCCUGUCUUCCGCCGAACCGAACUCCCCAUCGGCGGAGCCUUCCAAGCAAACCCCUUCCAAUGUGGGUGCGGAGCAACCGUCAGGCGGAGAGAUCUCAGCAGAUAAAUCUCCGGGCCACUUGCGAACAGAGAGCAACAAAAGCGACGCUCCGCCCGUCAGAUGUGCGCAGAGUUUGCGAGAUGCGGUCAAUGGAGCCAUCAGCGAGAUCAGCGGUGAGUUGAAGUUGAAGGCGUCAAGUAUGCGUGCAUCCCGAAGGUUUUCGGCAGAACAUCAAAACGUAUGCACCCUUGUUCUCUUUUCAGGAACCCGCGUGCUCGUGGAGCACUUGCUUCGCCUGUGGAACGCGGUGCCGUACGUUCCUAUGCUCGUCUGCCCAUCCUCAAUGUUCCCGUACGCGCCCACCCUGCCGUGGCCGAGACAGGAGAAUCUGCGGGAUGGCGACGUCCUCAGAGACGUCUUGAGCACCGGGACGCUGACAGUCGCCGGCGUGGGCUCGGCUGCAGUUUCUCAGAGCUCCCUAACCGUUGUUGCUGCAAGAAACAGAGGCGAAGAAGGAAACUACAACCGCCCCGAGCCUACAGGCUUCUUUCCGCAGUACAUGAGGUUGAUCGCGGCAACUAUUGGAGCGCACUACGAUUCGCCAAUCUCGGUCCACUGGCUCUUCUAUCCUUCUGUGGAGGAAGCUCAAAGGGCGGUUCUGAACGGACAGGCUCACAUGACGGACAUCUACUUCUUACUAGGCCAGUCGACACCUGGAGAACCCCAACCGCUGAUGGACUUCUACGCGACUUGUCCGGUUGUGGGUUCCCCUGCGCUCCUCAUCCUUCGAGACGAGUCCCACGAUGACCACCAGUCGACCACGGCAACCAAACAACCCGGGAGCGUCAAAGCAAAUACCCUCAGCAAAAACGAACUCCUCAACCUGAAUCGCCGGAUAGAAAACGCCGAAGAAGACUGGGAGAGGACGGUCGUGUUCGUGUCUCAGGACCUCGCAAAUACAGUGCAACACAGUCUCUCCCCGAAGGCCAUGUUAUAUUUUACGAAGAAUUUGGAAUCAGCAUUAAAGAUGGUAAACGACUGGGAGGCUGCAGCCGUGAUGACUACUGGAAUCAUCCCACCCUUGCCACCGUCCUUGAAAGUUGUUGAUGCGCACUUGCUGCUCGCAAAGGGUGCCUGGAUCGAACGCACAAAUGCCUUGGAAUGCAUGGAGGACGAGCACGACAACUUGGUGAUGAAGUACGCUGAAAAGAGGGCGUCUGAUGGAUCUGGCGGUCUCGAGUUCGCAAGGUCCAGCGCCGUCUCGGUGAUUGCUGUCUCGUGGAUUUACGUGGGGGCCGCUCUGAGCAGCGCGUUCACGUACUGGUGA